AUGCCAUUUACUAGUAGUAUUACAGGGCCAUUUGAAGACAAUUUACCCACUCUGGUUGCAGACAUAACAAUUGCACCAAUUGAUGAGGUUGAAACUUCUUCACUAAAAUAUGAGAUACAAAAAACAAAUGAGGAACUUGAAAUUAUUCAAAAAGUGUUUAAUCAUCCUACAGACUUACCAAAGGAA